UGUCAAUUUUAAAAAAAAAAAAAAAAAGAAAAGCAAAAAAACUUUCUUUAAUCAUUUGAAUUUUUUGGGAACUCGAUGCCCUCCCCCUCACUAACCAAAAUUAAACUUUAUAUUUUUAAACAAGUAUAUAUCCAACCGACCCUAAUUAAAUUGUACUUUAAUCAUUAUAUAUAUUGAAGAAAAAAGGAAAUAUUAUAUAUAUAUAUAUUUGUCUGGUGAUGGUUUUAGUUCAUGCAUUAAAUAGCUCCAUAUUUUCUAAAUCUUUGCCGGAAACCGAGAAGAAAGCCACAAUGCAGGAGAACAGAUACGAUGGUGGACACGAACAAGGCGGCGGUGGCGGUGGCGGAUGCGGCGGCGAAUGUUACUUCGUUUUCAUGAACUAUGAUCCUGAAUAUGAACGUCUUCGGGCUGAUCGAUCUGGGGAAGGGGUAGAUGAGCUUGAUCUGUAUCUGAGUAGAAAACACGAUGAGAUUCUGGGGAGGUGGUUGGAGCCCGGAAGUUACAGAAAAAUUUCGUCUUUUCUCAUCGUUGACGGGUUUUCGGUCGAGAUUACCGAAGAUCAGGCAAAUGUGCUUAGAUGUGCAGAGGGAGUGAGGGUGGUGGAGAAGAAUCAAGACCAGCCUCUCAUUAAUGGAACAUCAAGGGAAGAAGGUGACUAAAACACAAGGGAAAAGAAAAUUAGAGAAUUAUAUUUGGAAUUUUCUAAAUCAAAUCUUGUAUCGUUAACAACUUCGAGGUUAAAGGUUCGUAAUCUCCACCAUAUUUGAAGAAUUAAAUAGAUUUGUCUUGUUAGUUCAUGAAAAUAAAGUUUCUUAAAUCAAUCACA